UACACAGCACAGUUACUAGUUAGUGAUAUACGAGUGAAGAGAGUAGCGAGGUUCUGAUUCUGCUGCUACUUACUACUUCGAUAGCAAUAACAAUGGAACCCUUCUCAUUCUCCACCUCACACUUAUCCAUACCCACAAGCUCCACCAUUUUUUCCCCCAAACACCACUCUUCCUCCUCCUCCUCCUCCUCCGCCGCCACCACCACCGUGUCCUUCUCUCUCAAACCGCCGUCAGACUCCAACAACUCCGCCGCCCCUCGCCGCCCCUCCAAAUCCCUCAAAACCACUCCAACCCCAAACCCCCUCGCCAGCAAGCUAUGGCUCACAAGCAAACUCUCCCCUCCGCCUCCGCCUCCGCCUCCUCCUACGCCUCCUCCGCCACCGCCGCCGCCUCCGGAAACCGAAGAGAGCGGCGGCGAAGGCGCGAAUUCCGAUUCCGAGAUCGAUUUCCGGCAGCCGGGGAAAAUCUUCGUGGGGAACCUGCCGGCGUGGGUGAAGAAGCCCCAGGUGGCGGAGUUCUUCCGGCAGUUCGGCGCGAUACGGAGCGUUGUUCUGAUCAGGGGCCACCGCGAGACGGAGAGGAACGCGGGGUUCGCGUUCGUGUUCUACGAGGGCGACGAGGAGGCGGCGGACAAGGCGGCGAUGCGGGCGGUGGAGUUCGACGGCGUGGAGUUUCACGGCAGAGUGCUGACGGUGAAGCUGGACGACGGGAAGAGGACGAGGGAGAAGGCGCAAGAGAGGGCGCGGUGGUUGGAAGGGAAGGGUGAAAAGGGAGAGUACCGGUCCACGUGGCACGAGGAGAGGGACGGGUCCAGGAAGGACUUCCAGAAGGUUCUGGAAACCCAGCCCGAGAAUUGGCAGGCCGUUGUGAGCGCCUUUGAGAGAAUUAAGAAGCCUGCUAGAAAAGAAUAUGGCUUGAUGGUUAAAUAUUAUGCGCGACGAGGGGACAUGCAUCAUGCACGCCAAACAUUUGAGAGUAUGCGAGCAAGAGGAAUAGAACCAUCUUCACAUGUGUACAGUAGUCUUAUUCAUGCUUAUGCAGUUGGUAGAGACAUGGAAGAAGCUUUACACUGUGUUAAAAAGAUGAAGGAAGAGGGCAUUGAAAUGACUAUAGUGACAUAUAGUAUAAUUGUUGGAGGAUUUGCUAAAAUGGGCAAUGCCAAUGCUGCAGAUCAAUGGUUUAAGGAGGCCAAAGAGAGGCUCCCAUCUUUAAAUGCUGUCAUUUAUGGGAGCAUAAUUUAUGCGCACUGUCAAGCAUGCAACAUGGAUCGAGCUGAAGCCUUGGUGAGGGAGAUGGAAGAACAAGGGAUAGAUGCUCCCAUUGACAUAUAUCAUACCAUGAUGGAUGGUUAUACCAUGAUCGGUAAUGAAGAUAAAUGCUUGAUUGUGUUUGACAGACUUAAGGAAUGUGGUUUCUCUCCCUCAGUUAUCAGCUAUGGCUGUCUUAUUAAUCUUUACACCAAGAUAGGAAAAGUUUCUAAAGCUUUGGAGAUUAACAAAAUGAUGAAAAUGACUGGCAUAAAACAUAACAUGAAGACAUACUCUAUGUUGAUCAAUGGGUUCUUGAAGUUAAAAGAUUGGGCUAAUGCAUUUUCCGUUUUUGAAGACUUUACUAAAGAUGGUUUGAAGCCUGAUGUAGUACUCUACAAUAACAUUAUAACAGCUUUUUGUGGGAUGGGUAAUAUGGAUCGAGCCAUUUGUAUGGUGAAGCAAAUGCAAAAGGAGAGACAUAGACCUACUACACGCACAUUUUUGCCCAUUAUACAUGGUUUUGCAAAAGCUGGAGAGAUGAGGAGAGCCCUGGAGAUCUUUGAUAUGAUGAGGAGGAAUGGCUGCAUUCCUACUGUACAUACAUAUAAUGCUCUAAUUCUUGGACUUGUUGAGAAGCGCCAGAUGGCCAAGGCUGUAGCAAUAUUGGAUGAAAUGAAUCUGGCAGGCGUUGCACCAAAUGAACAUACAUAUACAACUCUUAUGCAGGGUUAUGCUUCACUGGGUGACACUGAAAAGGCCUUUCAGUACUUUACGGUGUUGAGGAAUGAGGGCCUGGAGAUUGAUGUCUAUACCUAUGAAGCAUUGUUGAAGGCAUGUUGCAAGUCAGGCAGAAUGCAGAGUGCCCUUGCAGUCACAAAAGAAAUGAGUGCAAAAAAGAUUCCAAGGAACACUUUUGUCUAUAACAUACUAAUUGAUGGUUGGGCUCGGAGAGGUGAUGUUUGGGAGGCUGCAGACUUGAUGCAACAAAUGAGAAAAGAAGGAGUUCGACCAGACAUCCAUACCUACACUUCUUUUAUAAAUGCUUGUUGUAAAGCUGGGGAUAUGCAGAAAGCAACAGAGAUUAUCCAAGAAAUGGAAGCAUCUGGUAUAAAACCAAACAUCAAAACCUACACGACUCUAAUAAAUGGUUGGGCACGUGCUUCUAUGCCAGAGAAAGCUUUGAAGUGCUUUGAAGAGAUGAAAGAAGCUGGAUUGAAGCCAGACAGAGCAGUGUACCAUUGUCUUGUGACAUCUUUGCUAUCAAGAGCCACCUUUGCUCAAUCAUACGUUUAUAGUGGCCUCUUGUCCAUAUGUAGAGAGAUGAUAGAGUCUGAGAUGACUGUUGACAUGGGAACUGCGGUCCACUGGUCAAGAUGUUUGCGCAAGAUUGAGAGGACCGGAGGGGAACUAACAGAAGCCCUACAAAAGACCUUUCCUCCUGAUUGGACCUCGCAUAAUGUUCUUGAUGUCAAUAGUGAAACUGAAACUGCAGAUCUUGAAAUUGACGACGUUGAUAAUGAAGAUGAUUAUGAUGUACAUUAUAAUGCCAAUGGAUUCAAUAAUGAUGAUGAGACUGAUGAUGAGGAUUCUGAUAAUGAGGAUCAAGAUUCUCUGCAGCUAAAAUUUUAAUUGUAUAUAUCUUAACCCCUAAAAAUGUAUUUUUAUUCAUUAAAAUAAAACUAUUUUAUUUUUCUAGAAUUAUCCGUCGUUGGAUUAUAUUUUCAGUGCACGGGGUGCAGUUCUAAUCAAAUUCCUGUUAUCUCA